CCUACCAAUCACUCACCAUUGCACAAUCUCUCCUACAUCUGAGAUAUCUCACUUUCUCACUCAAUCAUAGCUACCAGAUCAAUUCAUUUGAGAAAACCAUGAAGCAUUUUCUCCUAGCUAUCCUUGUGUUGCCGCUGCCUCUUCUCCUUGUUCCUCAAGCUCAAGGGAUUCGAUUGCCAAAGGUCCCGGACAAGUCUAUGGAUAGCAGCGAAUUAAUACCUGGAGAGCUUCCUGAUUCGGUGCGAUAUCAAGAUAGACAUAGAGCGAAAGGAGAGAGUAGAAAACUUCUCACCACAGCAACCACUACCACCACCACUACUAUGACUACGAACCGAAAGGCUAAUGUUUACAUUGAUGAACUUCCAGUGCCCUCUCGCUCGGAGGGAAACAAAGCUGCUACUUCCAAGGGCAAGAAUGUUGACGGAAAUGAAGCUGGUGCUACUUCCAAAGGCAAUACAAAGGAGGGCUUCUCCGUAAAGUCGUCGACAACUGCUCCCAAGCACGAGCACUAUCCUGACAUCAUAGACAUUGCAGGGAUGGACUAUUCUCCGGCAAAGCGGAAACCUCCAGUACACAAUUGAUCAUGAGAUGAGUAAACCUAGGAGAUAUGUUAGGAAAAAGUUGGCAAGUUUAUUAGGGUUUUCAGGGGACAAUAAGGAGGAGGACAAACAGAAGAGUUCGGAACAGCAUUGCCUAAAAUGCUCCUGUUUUCUAGGGGGUUAGGUAAAUUUCUGUAAAUAGUAAAACUAGCUAAGCUAUAGGGUUGGAUAAAAAUUAUCACAUUAUCUUUUUCUCGAGAAAGAGUUAUGUACUGCAGCAGCCAUAAUCAAUCCAGCCUAAAACCCAAAGAAAUUGGGUCUGAUUCAUGUCUAUGCAACUUUUAUGUCUGUUAAUUUUUUUCUUCUAUUAA